UGAUUCCCUGGAGGCAGCCCAGCCUGCUGCUUUUACAGCCUCCUCAUCAAGGAACAUGCCUGCCCACCAAGAAAACGUGGACACAAGACCUGCUCCCGCCAGCACCACAUCUGCUGCCAGCCUCAAGCCAACAGGACCCCCAGGUGCUGCCAAGUACUCAGGCUGGCAGCCUGCAAACCAAGCAGCUCCUGCCAGUGGAUGGACAUCAAACAGUGUUAAAUUGCCUGGCACAGCUGCCCCGAGUGAAAAACCUGCAACAGCACCUCAGCUAAAUGAGCAAGACACAUUGGUUCAGAGGGCAGAGCAUAUUCCAGCAGGAAAGCGUACUCCUAUGUGUGCACACUGUAAUCAAGUCAUUAGAGGACCCUUCUUGGUGGCUUUGGGGAAGUCAUGGCAUCCAGAGGAGUUUAAUUGUGCUCAUUGCAAAACCUCCAUGGCUUACAUUGGAUUUGUGGAAGAGAAAGGGAUGCUUUAUUGUGAGGUCUGCUAUGAGAAGUUCUUCGCCCCUGAGUGUUCAAAGUGCCAGAGGAAGAUUCUUGGGGAAGUAAUAAAUGCUUUGAAACAAACUUGGCACGUUUCCUGCUUCGUGUGUGUGGCCUGUCAUAACCCCAUCCGCAAUAAUGUCUUCCACUUAGAAGAUGGCGAUCCCUACUGUGAGACCGAUUACUAUGCCCUCUUCGGUACUAUGUGCCAUGGCUGUGAAUUCCCCAUUGAAGCUGGAGACAGGUUUCUUGAAGCUCUGGGCCACACUUGGCAUGACACUUGCUUUGUAUGCUCAGUAUGUAAUGACAGUUUGGAGGGUCAGACUUUCUUCUCCAAGAAGGACAAGCCACUGUGCAAGAAACAUGCUCACUCUAUCAACAUCUGAUGCGUGUAGCUCAUCUUGUGUAACAAAUGUACUGAGCAGAAAGAAAGGUUAAAAUGUCCAUUUUCAGUAAUUGGUUAAAAUUAUUUAUAUAUGAUUUUCUAGAAUGGAAAAAAAAUGUAGAAACUU